ACCUCUGUUCAUGCAGGUAACGAUGCUGCUGCUGCUGAUGAUGAUGAUGCUGAGGCUGAUGAUAAUGGUGGUGGUCAUGAUGACGAUGAUGGUGAUCGGAGCAGCUAAACCGCAGCGCUCUGAUCUGCGCACCGCGUUCUGUUUGCGUUUUUCUGUGCUGGGGCAUGCGUGCGUGUCGUUUCAGAUCCAUGCAUGUAGAGAAAACUACGUAGGGAAUUCCCACCGCGAGGCUCGGUGCGCACAGACCGAGCAGAACCGAGCCAACCUGGAGACGAACUCUUAUGUAACGGGAUUUCGCUGACGCGGUUCUGCAGGAGCGGGAUUUACCUCCGUGUCCUUUUCCUCCGAGAUGCUGGAAGUGGCCCGUGAUCGAUCAUCUCCUACAGACUGGAAUCGAUCUUCAGAUCAGUUUGUGGUCAGGACCGAGACGCAUUCCCUUCGUGUUCGUUGGUUCUGUUUAAUUUGAUUUUAGGAAAACUAAAUGUGCAAACGCAGCUGCUCUGGAGAAGGAACGCGUCUGAGCUUCUCCCACUUGAUGUUACCUGAUGGAUGUUCCACAGCUGCUGAUGAGAAAGAAGGUCUGAAAGUUGUGGAUAAAUAAGAGUCAUGUUUUAUUUUCUAACUUAAGAGGAUGGAUCUCCUGGAUCAUAGAACCGGGACUGUCUCAGCUGCUGGACAACUUCGACUUGGGCAGAGCCCCAAAGGGAUCCCACUGGGAGCUCGUGCAGAGAGAGAAAUCUUUUAGAGAUUUUUGUUGGUUCUUCACACCAACUCAAAACUUCACCAGCAAGAUGUGCCAUCCUUUUGAGAACCAGCUAACACAAACGUUUCUUUCUAUGCCUUCAUCUCCUUGGCUUCUGUUUUCCCAUUCUUGACUCUUCAUCAGCUGCACAACAUGCGUCCUUCCCUCGCCACAGCUGUCCUACCAGCCAGGACCCGAUCCCACAAUCCACCCAACCUGGCCGUUGGAGGCCGUGAACACCUAUCAGCUCCUCGUAGGCGCAGCCCCAACCUGAGGCACACCCUCAGUCCUGAAAACCUGCGGACACUGACAGAGAGGAGCGGGUCAGCCGAUGGGGGUUCUGUUGUCAGUAGUCCUAUUGGACUCACACGUGCUAACAGUGACACGGACCUGCUGACCUCCCAGAGCCGCUCUUCGCUCACUGCGUCCACUCUGGAGUACACCUUGAACCGGGGCCAGAAUCUCGUCAUCUCCUGGGACAUCAAGGAGGAAGUGGAUGCCACUGACUGGAUUGGGCUGUAUCACAUAGACGAAACCAGCCCCUCCAACGUGUGGGACUGUAAGAACAGGGGGGUCAAUGGCACUCAGAAGGGUCAGAUCGUUUGGCGGCUGGAGCCGGGGCCUUAUUUUACAGAGUCUGAAACUAAGAUUUGUUUUAAGUACUACCACGGCGUGAGCGGCGCCCUUAGAGCAACGACCGCCUGCAUCACUGUGAAGAAUCCAGCUGUUCUGUUGGAGGGGCUGGCAGAGCAGGUGGGAGUCGAACAUCCUCGAAAACUGAUCAGCUUCACUUUAACAGAUCUGCGAGCCACCGGCUUGAAGAAGGGAAUGUUUUUUAAUCCUGACCCUUACCUGAAGAUGUCCAUCCACCCGGGGAAGAGGAACGUCUUCCCUGUCUUCAGCCAUCAUGGACAGGAGAGACGAUCAGCCAUCAUCGCUAACACCAUCAACCCCGUGUGGCACGGAGAGAAAUACACCUUUGUGGCGCUGAUGACUGACAUCCUCUACAUCGAAGUGAAGGACAAGUUUGCAAAAAGUCGGCCGAUCAUCAAACGCUUCCUUGGUCAGCUCACCAUCCCGGUGCAGCGGCUGAUUGAGAAAAUCCCAGGAGUUCAGCCUGUGAGUUUCUCUUUGUGUCGGCGUUUACCAACUGAACACGUGAGCGGACAGCUGCAGUUCAAAGUUGAGCUGACGUCGACGGGGCCUGAUGGUGCUUCUCCUGACUCCAUCAUUGGCCUCUCCUCUUUGAACGGAGCUCCAGGAACUCCAUCGGAUGAUGAGGACUUGCCCCAUCCUCUACCAGGUGUGGUCUCUGCAGAGGCCUGUCCGACUGGAUCCCAAGGCUCCCAAGGGAUGUGGGAGGGUGGGGCCACAGCCUUACCAGAAAAAAGCCUGCCAGCGGUCAGAGCCAAGGCCAGAUUCAUGGAACCUGAAAUAGUUUCUGACCAGACAAUGUUCCAGAGGUCCCUCAGUGAGGGGCUGGAUGCUAUCGAAGCGCCCAAAGGUCCUGGUGAAAGACCUCUGGGUGCCGCCUCUCCUAAACUGUGUUCCAGUUUCCCAACACACACCAGGCUGAGCUCUAUGAUGCAUAUCGACUCAGAUGAAGAUGAGGAGAGGUCCGUGAUGAAUGACUUACCCCCGAUGCCUUUGUCACCACUGCUGAUGAACGGAGAGCCUCUCUAUGUUGGAAGCCUGGAUGAGGAUGACCCAUUUCCUGAACUCCCGGAGCGCUUGGUACAGGAGGAGGAGCCUGUCGGUGCUAUGAUGGAGGAAGGACCAUCGGAAGCAGAAGUGGUUCUGGGUUUAGAUCCAGAUCUGGAUUUGGAUGUCAAUCUGGAAGCAGAUGUUUUUCUAGAGGUAGAGGAGGAGACUCUUUUUACUGAGGCCAUUACCCAUAAUCCUGUUCCAGAGACUACGGAGGUAACUGAACAAGGAAGCGUGCCUGGUGAGGACGUCUCAUCGGAGAUCGACACCUGCUCCAUGGCAACAGCGCCUCAGACAGUUUUCUCAUCAUCAGAGAGCUGUCCAACCACGCUGGCCGCUGCUGCGGAAGCAGAGGAAGGAGCAGCGAUGGCCAUAGAUCCAGGGGGAGAUGCAGACCCGGGUCCUCCUCCAACCACUCUCGCUUUAGAUGGCGAUGACGAUGCUAUCAAGAAUGAAGGAGAAGCUCCACCUGCCAGUGAGCAGAUAGAGGAGCUCAGUAUGAGGAGGCGGAGCCUCCAGGCAACAGGGGGUGGGACUGAAGAACAGGAAGGGGAGGGGUCAAAAAGAGAGGAGGUGUGCUCUAUGGAAUCAGAGCAAGUCACCAUGGAAACAGACGGGGAGGAAGGAGCUCACGUUAAUGGUCACCCUGUACGCUCACUCCCCUCGGUGCGCCAUGACAUCCAUCGGUACCAGCGUGUGGACGAGCCGCUGCCUCCCAACUGGGAGGCUCGGAUCGACAGCCAUGGGAGGAUCUUCUUUGUGGAUCACGUGAACAGGACCACCACAUGGCAGCGUCCCACCGGACCCCCCGCCCCGCAGGGCCUGACCCGCUCCAACUCCAUUCAGCAGAUGGAGCAGCUCAACCGCAGAUACCAGAGCAUCAGGAGGACUAUCACCAACAGCGAUCGGUCAGAGGAGAGCUCACCUGACCUCCUGUCUGAACCAGAGAGUGACCUGAUGCCUCAUUCCAUUUCUGAUUACCGUCGGGAAGGUGCCAUCACCCACUCCAGCGGCCGCUUACGACUCUCCCUACUGCUUCAAUCCCCCAGCGCCAAGUUCCUGUGCAGCCCUGACUUCUUCACCGUGCUGCAUUCAAACCCCAGUGCCUAUCGAAUGUUUACGAGUAACACCUGCCUGAAGCACAUGAUCAGUAAGGUGCGCCGAGACGCUCACUACUUUGAGCGCUACCAGCACAACCGGGACCUCGUCACCUUCCUCAACAUGUUCUCCAACAAGCAGCUGGAGCUGCCUCGGGGCUGGGAGAUGAAGCACGAUCAUACUGGGAAGCCCUUCUUUGUGGAUCACAAUUGUCGCUCGACGACCUUCAUCGACCCCCGCCUGCCCCUCCAGAGCUCUCGAUACACUGGGCUGCUGGCUCAUCGCCAACAUCUUAGCCGCCAGAGAAGCCACAGUGCUGGAGAGGUGGUGGAUGACUCUCGUCAAAGCAACCCACCUGUGAUGCCCCGCCCCUCCAGCACCUUCAGCGGCUCCAGUCGAAGCCCGUACAACGACGCGGUGCCAGUCGCAUACAAUGAUAAGAUAGUGGCGUUUCUACGGCAACCCAACAUCUUUGAGGUCCUGCAGGAAAGGCAGCCUGAACUUGCCAGGAACCAUUCACUCAAAGAGAAGGUCCAGUUCAUUCGCAGUGAGGGAGUCAACGGGCUGGCUCGUCUCUCCAGUGACGCGGACCUCGUCAUGCUGCUCAGUUUAUUUGAGGAGGAGGUGAUGUCAUACGUGCCCCCGUUACUCCACCCUGGUUUCUGCCUCUCUUCUCCUCAGAGCUCCCCUGGAACCCAGAGAGCAAAUGCCCGAGCUCCUGCUCCCUAUAAACGGGAUUUUGAAGCAAAACUGAGGAAUUUCUAUCGAAAGCUGGAGACUAAGGGUUAUGGCCAAGGUCCUGGGAAAGUCAAACUCAUCAUCCGCAGAGACCAUCUGCUGGAGGACGCCUUCAACCAGAUCAUGUGCUACUCCCGAAAAGACCUACAGAGGAGUAAACUCUACAUCAGCUUUGUAGGCGAGGAUGGACUGGACUACAGCGGACCUUCCAGAGAGUUCUUCUUUUUGGUAUCCAGAGAACUUUUCAACCCGUACUAUGGCCUGUUUGAGUACUCAGCCAACGACACGUACACGGUCCAGAUCAGCCCCAUGUCAGCGUUUGUGGAUAACCACCAUGAAUGGUUUCGCUUCAGCGGGCGAAUCCUGGGUCUGGCUCUCGUUCACCAGUACCUGCUGGAUGCCUUCUUUACUCGCCCAUUCUACAAAGGUCUUCUUCGCAUUCCGUGUGAUCUGAGUGACCUGGAGUUCCUUGAUGAGGAGUUUCAUCAGAGCCUCCAGUGGAUGAAGGACAAUGACAUUGAAGACAUGCUGGACCUUACCUUCACUGUAAAUGAGGAGGUCUUUGGACAGAUCACAGAGAGGGAGCUGAAGCCAGGCGGGGCCGGCAUCCCCGUGUCGGAGAAGAACAAGAAGGAGUACAUCGAGCGAAUGGUGAAGUGGCGCAUAGAGCGAGGAGUGGCCCAGCAGACCGAGAGCCUCGUCCGAGGCUUUUAUGAGGUGGUGGAUGUACGGCUGGUGUCUGUGUUUGAUGCCAGGGAGCUGGAGCUGGUGAUUGCAGGCACUGCAGAGAUCGACUUGGCUGACUGGAGGAACAACACGGAGUACAGAGGAGGUUACCAUGACAACCACAUAGUGAUUCGCUGGUUCUGGGUGGCUGUGGAGAGAUUCAACAAUGAGCAGAGGCUGCGGCUGCUGCAGUUUGUGACGGGCACCUCCAGCAUUCCUUAUGAGGGUUUUGCAUCUUUACGAGGUAGCAACGGACCUCGCAGGUUCUGUGUGGAAAAGUGGGGAAAGAUCACCUCCUUACCCAGGGCUCACACUUGCUUCAAUCGUCUAGACCUCCCUCCCUACCCAUCCUUCUCAAAGCUCUACGAGAAGCUGGUAACUGCUGUGGAGGAAACGAGCACUUUUGGCUUGGAGUAACCUCGGAUCAUCCUGAGAGAACCAUCUGGAGGAGAUCAGGAACGAUGAAGCUGAAAUCCUCACAAAGCUACUGGCUCCUCGGGAAUAACUUUUGUUCCAGCUUUUCCAUCUUGCUCCGAUUCUUU